GUUUUUACACGCUUGCGCAGUCCUAUGUUAUGAUUUUAACUGUCGCGAGCAACAUGUCUGCCUCCAUAGUGCGAGCGACCGUCCGAGCGGUCAACAAAAGAAAGAUACUAGCCACGAAAGCAGCACUGACACUCACUCCGGCAGCAGUGAGCAGGAUCAGAUUGUUGUUGCAGGACAAGCCAGAAUAUAUUGGUUUGAAAGUCGGCGUGAGAACACGUGGCUGUAAUGGGCUGACUUAUACACUGGACUACACGAAGGAGAAAGAAAAGUCUGAUGAGGAAGUAGUGCAGGAUGGUGUAAGGGUGUUUAUAGAGAAGAAGGCUCAGCUGACCCUUCUGGGAACUGAGAUGGACUUUGUGGAGUCAAAGCUGUCUACUGAAUUUGUCUUCUUCAACCCUAACAUCAAGGGCACAUGUGGUUGUGGAGAGAGCUUCAACAUAUGAGCACCGUGGCGCCUCCGUCCUUCCUCCCCGCUCCAGACCCCGUCUCACUGAUGCAGACUGAUGAGGAAGUCGGCUGUACGGAAAUCUUUGAGAUGUGGGCGUCCCUCAGUUCUUACCACUGCUCUUCCUGCAAACCACUCACGCAUACGUAAUUGUGAAAUCCAUGUACACAUAUUGAUGCUUAGAGGAAGAUUUUAAUGCAAUUGGUGUGGUCAGAUCCAACUUGACAAAAAUGAUUUUAGGUUCAGAUAUCUCUGAUGUAGACAGCUGUUUUUAUGCUCAGUUCUACAUGUAAAAAAAAAAAAAAAAUCUCUUAGGACCUCAAAAGAAAGGAGUUUUUUAGUUUGAAGCUAUAUUAUGCACACUGUUCUCACAAAUCCAGGCAAAUCUUGUCGUGGCUUGUAUGUAGGAGAAAAUGGUACAACAUGUCCCAAGAACUUGCUCACCAAAGCUGAGCUAGGAUGAGGUUUAAGCCGGUAAACAUGAACGGAUGACGCAUGAUGUUUUCGCAUCUGAACCUGUCCUCCAAAACCCAUAGCAAGCCAACAAUCCGCUGUUUGAUAAACACACUGUUAGGGUGUAAUUUCAUCCAGGGUCAUGUACCACUUGUAUGCAAAAGUGGAAGAGCUCGAGUGUCUUGAAACUGUUUUAUCAGUUUGUAAACUCUUUUGAAAAGGUAUAUAUAUAUAUAUAUAUAUAUAUUUAUCUUUGUGUGUAAAUAACUGAGAUUGGAAAUCCCUUGAACAACAACAUACGCACAAGAAAAACAACGCACAAAACUUGCAUCCUUCACAUGAAAUAUGAGGUUUCUGGUUUUUUUUCUUGCUUGAUGAAAGCCAGGAUUUUUGUUUAAAUGCUCUUAAGAUUUAUAACCUGUGCAAUAUGUCAGUGUAUAUAUGAAUAAUAAAUAGUUCACACCACA